UCUCAGUGCCGCCUUGAAGGUGUCGGAGCGUUAACUGGUAUUUCACACCGGCCUCUUCCCCCUCCCUGCGCAGCGCCUGUGGGGCGGGUUAUGGAGGGCAGGCGCCUGCCCGUCCCGCCCCGCUUGUGAGCGACAUUCCCCCCUGCGAGCGGCCCCGGGACUUAUGCACCAGAGGCGGAUCCGGUCAAAAAGAAGAAAAUGAAAAUUUUCGCUGAGUCCCAUAAAACUGUGUUUGUUGUGGAUCAUUGCCCCUAUAUGGCAGAAUCUUGCAGACAACAUGUUGAGUUUGACAUGUUAGUGAAGAAUCGGACCCAAGGAAUUAUACCUCUGGCUCCCAUCUCAAAGUCGCUAUGGACCUGUUCAGUAGAAUCGUCUAUGGAAUACUGUAGAAUAAUGUAUGAUAUAUUUCCUUUCAAAAAACUGGUGAAUUUCAUUGUAAGUGAUUCUGGAGCUCAUGUCUUAAAUUCCUGGACACAAGAAGACCAAAACCUGCAGGAGUUAAUGGCAGCUCUAGCAGCUGUUGGACCACCUAAUCCUCAUGCAGACCCAGAAUGCUGCAGCAUACUUCAUGGACUGGUUACAGCAGUAGAAGCACUCUGCAAAAUUACAGAAUACCAACAUGAAGCCCGAACUAUGCUAAUGGAGAAUGCAGAGCGUGUUGGAAACAGAGGAAGAAUAAUCUGCAUUACUAAUGCCAAAAGUGACAGCCAUGUUCGGAUGCUUGAAGAAUGUGUCCAGGAAACGAUUCAUGAACAUAACAAGCUUGCAGCUAAUUCAGAUCAUCUCAUGCAAAUCCAGAAGUGUGAAUUGGUCUUAAUCCACACUUACCCAGUUGGAGAAGAUAGCCUUGUUUCAGAUCGUCCUAAAAAAGAGCUUUCAUCUGUCUUAACCAGUGAAGUGCAUAGUGUCCGUGCUGGACGGCAUCUUGCUACCAAACUAAAUGUUUUAGUACAGCAGCACUUUGAUCUGGCUUCAACUACAAUAACCAAUAUUCCUAUGAAGGAAGAACAACAUGCUAACACAUCUGCCAAUUAUGAUGUAGAGCUUCUCCAUCACAAAGAAGCACAUGUAGACUUUAUAAAAAGUGCAUGUCUGGCAGAAAGUAAGCGGUGUCAAAAAGAAAGAGGAUCUAAUAAGACAGGUGAUAAUCACAUAGGUGGUAAUAGCAGAGAGGGCACAUUUAAAGAAACAGUAACAUUAAAGUGGUGUACACCGCGAACAAACAGUGUUGAAUUACAUUAUUGCACUGGAGCAUACAGAAUUUCCCCUGUAGAUGUAAAUAGCCGACCAUCGUCCUGCCUUACUAACUUUCUUCUUAAUGGUCGUUCUGUUUUGUUGGAACAGCCACGGAAAUCAGGCUCUAAAGUAAUUAGCCAUAUGCUUAGUAGCCAUGGAGGAGAAAUAUUUUUGCAUGUAUUAAGCAGCUCUCGAUCAAUUUUAGAAGAUCCCCCAUCAAUUAGUGAAGGAUGCGGUGGUAGAGUUACAGACUACAGGAUUACAGAUUUUGGUGAAUUUAUGAGGGAAAACAGAUUAACUCCUUUUCUAGAACCCAGAAGAAGUCUUGAGAUUCCUUUGGAACGAGCAAAAGAUCAGUUAGAGAAACAUACACGUUACUGGCCUAUGAUUAUUUCUCAGACUACCAUUUUCAACAUGCAAGCUGUGGUGCCAUUAGCCAGCGUGAUUGUAAAAGAAGCCCUGACGGAUGAGGAUAUACUGAAUUGUCAGAAAACCAUAUACAACUUGGUAGAUAUGGAGAGGAAAAAUGAUCCAUUGCCAAUAUCAACAGUUGGUACCCGGGGAAAGGGUCCAAAAAGAGAUGAACAGUACCGGAUUAUGUGGAAUGAAUUGGAGACCCUUGUUAGAGCGCACAUAAACAACUCUGAUAAACACCAACGUGUGUUGGAAUGCCUGUUGGCUUGUAGGAGCAAGCCACCUGAAGAAGAGGAGCGCAAGAAACGGGGGAGAAAGAGAGAGGAAAAAGAGGACAAGUCAGAGAAAUCGGGAAAAGAUUAUGAACCAGAUAAGCCCUGGCAGGAAUCGGAGAGGUUAAAAAGUGUAUUAGAUCGGGAAAAAGAGGAACUGGCUGAAGCGGAAAUCAUAAAAGACUCUCCUGAUUCUCCUGAGCCACCUAACAAAAAGCCUCUUGUUACAAUGGAUGAAAUGCCACCAGUAGAAAAGGCAAAAGGGCCUAUGUCCUUGCUGUCUCUGUGGAGCAAUAGGAUUAAUACAGCUAAUUCUAGGAAACAUCAAGAAUUUAUUGGUCGUUUGAAUUCUGUCAACAACAAAGCUGAGCUGUAUCAACAUCUCAAAGAGGAAAAUGGCAUGGAAACAACAGAAAAUGGAAAAGGCAGCCGACAAUGAUUGUUGAUUAAUAUUUUUUAAACAAGCUAAAGUUGGCCAAAAUGCAUAAUUAUUUUAUGCUGAAAUUUGAAGUUGAUAUCAUUUCAGUAAGAUUGUAUAGUUCUGUUGCUUUGGUUUUUACAUUUUUCUAAUUUUAUCCCUUUUCUAUGAGAUGUAGAAUCUACAUAUUACAUUAAAUGACUUGUGUGCAAA